UUGUAUUUCAUUGCUUGUGCAGUUGACUCCUCACACGGCUGCUUAACAACCUGAAACGAACUUGGGUUCUGCAGGUCUCCAGCUCUUUGGCAUCUUUCUGGCAUCCAUCGGCUUUCUGGGAGACAUCAUCAUCUGUGCCCUGCCGAUGUGGAAGGUGUCUGCUUUUAUUGGGAACAACAUUGUGACAGCACAGAUCUUCUGGGAAGGCCUGUGGAUGAAUUGCGUGAUGCAGAGCACCGGACAGAUGCAGUGCAAGGUCUACGACUCCAUGCUGGCUCUGCCCCAGGACCUGCAGGCGGCGAGGGCCUUAGUUGUGAUCUCCAUCCUGAUCAUCUUCAUGGGAAUCCUGCUUGCUGUCGCAGGAGGAAAGUGCACCAACUGCAUUGAAGAUGAAGUGGCCAAAAGCAAGGUGGCCAUUGUUGCGGGGGUGUUCUUCAUCGUCGGUGGUAUCCUGUGCCUGAUCCCUGUGUCCUGGUCUGCUAACGAGGUCAUCAGGAACUUCUACAACCCCACCAUGAUCGACGCGCAGAGGCGGGAGCUCGGCGCGUCGCUGUUCAUCGGUUGGGGAUCAGCAGGACUCCUACUCAUUGGAGGUGCCCUUAUGUGCUGUCAGUGUCAGCAGCGUAAGGAUAGCAGAUACUCUGUCAAAUAUUCUGCCCCACGUUCAGCAGCCAGUGGAGGGGCCUAUGUUUAAAAUGCCUGCAUGUAGUCUUAAAGUCUACAUAUCUUAGUCUGGCAAACUGGACUGAAUUUUUCCUUUUUUUUUUUAAGUCCUGUUUUAUCGUCUUGUCUUUAUAUCAAGUAUUCUACUUUUAAAUAAAUUUAAACUUCAUAAUCAC